AUGUCCAAGAGAACGAUAGAACACGUCGAGAUGGAGCCCUCGACCUCUGCCACCGCCUCCCCCGCGCCUGAGGGAGUGCAGCUGCUGAAAGUCCCCCAAAAACGGUUCUACAGACAACGCGCGCAUGCCAACGUCUUUAUCGACCACGAACUCGAAUACCCCAAGAACCCCGAACGUAUGGACUGGUCCACCCACUACCCCGCCUAUUUCCCAGCCCCCCACGACGACGGGUCUAUCCCGCCCAAUAGUGAACUCGGGGGAAAGAAGGUGGAGUGGGCUGAUGUGGGGUGUGGGUUUGGGGGGUUGUUGAUGGCACUGGCGCCAAUGUUUCCGGAGAAACUGAUGCUCGGUAUGGAAAUCCGAACAAGCGUAACCAAAUACGUAACCGACCGCAUCGCCGCCACCCGCCAAGUCCAACAACUCCUCCCACAAGACUCGGCAGAGAAGAAGGAUGGGGGGUAUCAGAAUGUGUCGGUCAUCAAGGCGAAUAGUAUGAAGCAUAUGCCGAAUUUCUUUGCAAAGGGACAGCUUGAAAAGAUGUUUUUCCUCUUUCCGGACCCGCAUUUUAAGGCGCGUAAGCAGAAAGCUCGAAUCAUCACACCGGCGUUAUUAGCAGAGUACGCGUUCGUCCUCCGGCCUGGGGGGAUUUUGUAUACCGUCACGGACGUUAAAGAUCUCCACGAAUGGAUGGCCCACCAUCUCCUCAACCACCCCCUCUUCACCCCCAUCCCAAAUGAAGACCUGAAAGACGACGCCAUCCUCGAAGCGGCGAGGACGAGCACGGAGGAGGGGCAGAAGGUUGAGAGGAAUGGGGGGGAGAAGUGGGUGGCUUGUUUUUUGAGGAGGGAGGAUCCUGAGGAGGAGGAUUAG